CACAAAUUGAUGAUCGCUCUACAGCAAUUCAAAGUACAGCUGUUCUAGAUAUCAACGAAAUUAAUCUUUUACCAUUCGUAGAUGAAAUAUAUCCAUGGACGAAUGAUUAUACAAAACAAUUUAAUGUAAAACAUAAACCACACAAUUAUCAACUCGAAAUUAUACGUCAUGCUGUCAAUUCAACAAAUACAAUAGUUUGUUUAAGAACGGGUGCAGGAAAAACUUAUAUUGCUGCAUUAUUAAUUAAAUAUCAUUAUGUGAAAAAAAUGAAACAAUCAAAACAUUUUUUGGCAUUAUUUUUUGUACCACGAAAAGCCAUACGUCAACAACAAGCUAUUGCUUUAAAACAAGCAACUAAUUUACAUGUAGAAAUAUGUGGAGAUGAACAAGUUGUUCAAAAUUGUGUUGUACAUAACGAUAUUAUUGUUUUAACACCUCAAAAAAUUUGUAAAUAG